ACGUGUGCCACAUUCAAAUCUGAUCUGAACCCCAGUCGGCUUCUUAGCAAAACAGUAGAAAACGCGGAACGAGAGAGAGUCGCGAACGACGUGUUGCUUCGUGUAUGUACGUCUGUCACUAUGUCAUAUCGCGCACCGGCGAAACGAGUCGAGACCCGGUAGUGCGCAUCAACAGCGACAUCGGCGGUGUGUUACGACGCGGUGUGUGAUAUACGCAAACGUAUAUGUGAGACGCGCUUAGUAAAUGUAUUGAGACGCGCUCAGACACGUUGAGACGUGUUUCUUCGUUGGCUCUCUUCCUCUUUCUCUCUCUUCUCUCUCUCUCUAUCUCUUUCUCACACACACAACACACACCGACACACACAUACUCUCUCUUUCCUAGUUUUACACGCUUACCACGUUCGAAGAAGUAACAAAACUCAACGAACGCGUCUUUACCGUGACGGGCUUUCCCUCGCGCGUGCCGACUACGACGCGACGACGGCGACUUAUUCUUCCGGUUCCUUUGUCAAUCACUUACGAAUUUUCGCGCGCGCUCGUGCCCGCGCUCGUCGGCUCGCAAGCACUCAAUUUCAUGUAAAUGUCCCGGGUGCGCAUAGUGGCCGUAGCACGAAUCAGAUUCCACACGACGACGUGGAAUUAUGUGCAUGGAUGUCCAGUUUAACGAGAAGAUGGGCGACAAGAGCACCGACGAGGACGUACAGAUCAUCGACGUAUUCAUCAACAAAGAUUUCGAGAAAGUCGUCGUCAAGCAAGAACGUCCAGACGAUGCGGAAAUCCGUGAAUUGGCUGCCAAAAUGGUGGAAGCACACAAGGCGAAAAUGCUGGCGAGCAUGCCAGCAGUACAACAACAACAGCAGAGGCAGCAGUGUCUUAUACCGCAGCCUAAUCUUCCCGGUAUUCUUGGAUAUCUGCAUAAACGACCAACUGACGGGUCGUCCGCUCCGAAACCGCCGACCGGUGGUUUGGAAAGUAAAGUGCCGACGCCGGACGACGACAGCCAGCGGGGACGAUUUGGUUGGACGAGCUUUGACGAAUGUCACAUACCUUAUAUAUUUCGCUCCGGCGAAAAGUAUUGCGCCGUACGCAUCCUAGAAUCUAAGCUUCUCAACAAGUACCUGAGUUUUCUUCAUUCGGACAUCUACAGUUGCACAUGUAUAAGGAGUUAUUACAUUACGGAGGCCGAGAGCAAGUUGUUUAACGAGAUUAACACUAAACACUGCGAGAAUCAAUUCGGGAGGGACGUGUUUACGUGUAAGGACCUGGUGGUGCGUCUCUCGGACGCUAAGGAGUUUUAUACAUUUCUCGAUGUGUGUUAUACCAAACUGACCGCUGGUACCAAUCCGAGCGUGACAAGCGGACGCAAAGCAGAGAAAUGUGGUUUCAUACGAAUAAACAAAGAGUCUGUAGUACCUUACACGGUAAAGGACAAUCUGCAGUACGUGCCGCUAUUUUAUUUCGAGGGCGAGACGGAAAAUCUCAAGCUAAAAGCGGAAAAGCUUGAGGGCUGGGAUUUGUCGUAUUUGAAAUUUUGCUGCAAAGUACAGGGUAUACGUAACGAACUAUUUGCGAGUGAAACGUGUUCGGUAAUCAGUUUGAGUGACAUUAAGAGUUACUUUCCACCGGGUACCGGCUUCGAGGAUUACUGGCCGACCAAAGUUAUGGACUCACAGUUAUUGGUGAACAGCAACGGAAGCGGUGCUGGCGGUGGAUGGACAAAACAGCCACCUACACCGCCGGCGACUAAACCUCCUUCCGUACAGAGCGCGAAUAAAGUGGCACCACCUCUAAACACGCGUACCGUACCGAUGCCUAAUAUGAUGCCACGGGGGACUGUCGCGAGUACGGCACCGCAGAUGCCGCGAAUAGGACAGCCGAGGCCUGUAGUGACGCACCCCGCGCAUUCCUCCCCAUCGGGACUUCCUACCGGUAGAUCAAACAUGCCGGUAGUGUCGCAGCCUAUGCUGAAUACUGUUCAAGGUGUGGUUAACGGCCAUUGGUCAGGCCUCGUCGGUGGUCAACCUACCUUUCAACCACUCAAUUCUCAGGCCAGCAUUAUACGAGCGACUCUGAACAAUGUGAUGCACAACCAACAAAUGACGACUGCUCCCAAAAGCUAUUCUCAACAGUCUAGAAGUAGAGCAAGCAGUAGUGGAGCAGCAGCUCAGUAUCCUGGGGUAUACCCGACGACAACCAUGCAAGGGGUUGCUCAAGUCCAACCACCGCCUCUUAUACGAGCAACUGUUCACUCCAAUCAGCCGAAUCUCGGUUAUCCCACCUAUGGGAAGGAUGACUGGGUGACCACGACAUAUACAACACCUACGUUAGGUGUACCUAAUGCAGUCACAGCAACUACAUAUCCACAAAUGCUUGGUUUAAGUGAACAAGUCCAAGCUUUAAUGCCAGUACCUACAUCAGCACCAAAUUUAUUGCAUCCACAAAGGCAUACGCCAUCUGUGCAUAACACAUCUCAUUCGAAAUAUCCACCUCCUCUGAUACCAGUUAAUGGUAGCAGCGGCAGCGGCAACAGUAGUAACAGUUCCAGGGAUACCCGAGGGAGGAAACCACUGAUACCAAUAUCGGACCCACAACAUAUUACUACUUGCCAUGUACAACCAUACCAAAUACAGAAAGCAUUACUUGAAGAAAAGAUGGUGCCCUGUAUUAAUUUCAAACCUUACAUCUAUAGUGAAUUGCUGAUGACACUUCCUGACUUCGUUUCCAAUUUUUUUCCUGCCUGUGACAUCGAGAGUUGUAGACAAGUUCUUACAGAUGUACUACAUAUAGAAUUAUAUCAAGGAAAUAGACUGCAAAUGAAGAUGUUAAUGGAAGCAGGCAAAUGUUCUUCAUUAACAGAAGAUCUACCUUUAAUCCAUAUUAGGAGUAUAAUGAAAUAUAUGCCACAAUUCAAAUAUAUGUUCAAUAGAGGAGAUAUGGUCAUGCCUUCCCCAGCUCAUUCGUCCGAAGAGCACCCUGCCAAAAAGCGUCAACGUACCAGCUAGGAUUGGCUACAGCCUUACUGGCCUACUUAUGAUUAUUACCAUUCGGCAUUUUAAAGCCGAUAUUCUCAUGAUCGUACUUUGGAACGCCUUUGAAUGUUAGGUGUAUCUAAAUACAAGUGCAUAACGUCGCGUAUGAUGCGCGACAAAAUAUACAUUGAUUCUGACGAAUUCAAAGUGUAAAGUGACACAGUGGUGAGAGCUAUUUCUUUCUCCAAAGUGUAUUGAAGAGGACAUGACUGUAAAUAACAUUGAAACGUGUAAAUUUAAAAUAUGAUUGACAAUUCAGAUUUGCUUUCUAUGUAGAAAGAUUUAUUUCAAUAGUUGGCAUUAGAUGUCGUUUUCGAUCCAAUUUUCGUGUAAACGUCCACUUUUCUUCUUGUAUCUUGAUAAUGAGUUGUCAGACAUACGUAAUUAUGGCGUUCUGUGAUUUGCGAAAGAUGGUACGCAUAUAAUUGAUUUGUAUCUUUUGCCAAAUUGUCAUCAAAAUUGUUUUAACGCGGCCGCUGUUGAGGUAAAGCACACCUUACUUGCAUCUAUCGAUUGUCAAAACAAGAACGUUAAGGAGGGGAUUGUCGACACGAAAAUCGAGUCGAAAGUUGCAUCUGAUGUCAAUCAUUGAUUUAUUUUAUUUCCAUUUUUGAGAGAUCUGUUAUAAUAUAAAGAUCAUUAUAUUGUUACAUAACAAAAUAGACCUAAAUUAGAGAACGGUCUUAUUUUCAAAUUAAAUAUCCUAUCAUUCCACGUAUAUACAUACUUUGUCCCUCUCUUCUACACACGCACACACAUACACACACACACACACACACACGUGAGUACGCAACAUACAAACAUUUCAUUUCUACCUCUUUACACAACAGUGAAUACUAUUCUUUUAGACCUCAAUUUUAUGUGUGUUCUUGUUAUGCAUUAGUAUCUUGUGUGUAUAAAAAAAGUAAAAGUUCUAUUUUAAAGAAAAUUCGGAGAAAGAAAAGGCUAUUGUUCCAUUUAUUGUAAAUGGGCAUAACGUGCUAUAGAGUUAUUCAGAAUGAAUAACCUAUUUUGCAUAUUAAAUGUAUAUCAAUAAAAAGAGCGAAAAAUGGAAGUAAAGCUUCUUCAAGUUCCUAGCUAUUACUAGUGCGUAUCCUGAUAACUAGCUACAAGUUAAUUUAAAAGCGUUAGACCAUUCAUUUAUUGCUAUAAUUUUGCGUGAGUUUUUAUACCAUUUUCUUAAAACUUGUUAAAAAGCGUUAAGGUAAUUUAUUGAUGAAUAAUUUUCGUUUCGAGUGUUAAAAAAUAUGUACAGAGAAGAAUGUGGUGACGUACUGAACAAAAUAAUGGAACGGAACAAAUGCCUACUUAAUGUGAAAAGAUAGCAGUGAGCAAUAUCUCUUGGAUACAUUUGUAGGAGAUAUGAAUAAUGUACAAGAUCUAAUACUGGGUACGGUCAAUGCGAUGCUACAAACGCUUUGAAGCGUUUUUUAAUUGUUCAGUUUGUAAAAUUCUUCUAAUUGGUCCAUGAAACGCUUCAAAGCAUUUCUAGCGAGACUGACCACAGCCCUAGUCAUACAAUUGAUAAGAAAAUAAAACUGACUUUUUUGUA